AACAGUUUCACCGGCAGCCUCUUCUCAAGAUGAGCUACAUCCUAGAGACGGUCGGUAACCCUGCCUCCUACCGGAGAGUGGAAACAAGGAGCUUCAGCAGCCGAGCCAGUGCCUCGCCGUCCAGCGGCUUCCGAUCUCAGUCGUGGUCGCGGGUUAGCCCGAACACGGCGGCGUCUUCCUCCGCCUCGACCUUCCGGCGCAUCGCCAGCGUCCACGCUCCCCGGGCUUACAGCUCCUCCGACAGCCUUGAUUUCAGCCAGAGCAGCGCCCUGAACGGAGAUUACAAAGCCAUCCGCAGCAAUGAGAAGGAACUGCUGCAAGGGCUCAACGACCGGUUUGCCGGCUACAUCGAUAAGGUGCAUUACUUGGAACAGCAGAACAAGGAGCUGGAAGUCGAGAUCCAAGCGCACCGGCAGAAGCAGGUGUCCCACGGCCAGCUGGGCGACGUGUACGACCAGGAGAUCAGGGAGCUGAGGUCCCUCAUCGAGCAGAUGAACCACGAGAAAGCCCAGAUCCAACUGGACGCCGCGCACUUGGACGAGGACUUGCAACGCCUCAAGGACCGCUUCGACGAGGAGGCGCGCCUGAGGGACGAGACCGAAGCCACCAUCCGUGUGUUGAAGAAGGAAACGGAUGACGCGGGGCUGCUGAAGGUGGAGAUGGAGAAGAAGGCGCAAUCCCUGCAGGACGAGGUGGCUUUUCUCCGCAGCAACCACGAGGAAGAGGUGGCUGAUCUCUUCGCCCAGAUCCAAGCCUCUCAGGUCACCGUGGAGAAGAAGGACUUCCUCAAGACCGACAUCACCUCGGCCCUGAAGGAGAUCCGUUCGCAGCUCGAGGGCCACUCGGCCAAGAACAUGCAGCAGGCCGAGGAGUGGUUCAAGUGCCGCUACGUCAAGCUCAACGAGGCGGCCGAGAUGAACAAGGAUGCUAUCCGGGCGGCCCGGGAAGAGAUCAGCGAGUAUCGACGCCAACUCCAGUCCAAGAGCAUCGAGCUGGAGUCGGUGAGGAGCACCAAGGAGUCCCUGGAGAGGCAACUCAAUGACAUCGAGGACCGGCACAACGCGGACGUGUCAAACUACCAGGAAACAGUCCAGCAGCUGGAGAACGAGCUCCGAGGUACGAAAUGGGAGAUGGCGCGUCACUUGAGGGAAUAUCAGGACCUACUGAAUGUUAAGAUGGCUCUCGACAUUGAGAUCGCUGCCUACAGAAAGCUCCUGGAAGGCGAGGAAUCGAGGUAUACUUUCGCCGGGAGUGUUACUGGCCCAUCCAUCCCCUACAGAUCCCCGCCCACACCCACGCCCCCCGUAAAAGUGCAGAAGACGAAAGAAGCGCCGAAACUGAAAGUCCAGCAUAAAUUCGUGGAAGAGAUCAUCGAAGAAACGAAAGUGGAGGACGAGAAAGCGGAGAUGGGCGAGCUUGACUUGGCCGAGGCGGUGGAAGAAGUUGCGGCUGGAAAGACCCCAGAGGAAGAGGGAGAAGCCGAGGAGGUGGUAGAGGAGGCCGUUGUUUCCACAGUAAAGACUGAGGUUCAGGCAGAGCCGGAGGGAGAGGGUGAGGAGGGGGCAGAAGAAGUGGAAGGGAAGGAAGAAGGUGAGGAGGAGGAAAAGAAGGAGGAGGCUGAGGGUGAGGUUGAGGAGAAGGGAGAAGAGAAAGCUGAGGAGGGCGAGGCGGAGGGUGAAGCCGGAGGAGAAGAGGCGGAGGCUGUGGGGGAAAAGGUGGAAACUGCGAAGCUGGAGGAAUCCAAGGCUCUUCCGGGAAAGGAUGAGGCCAAGGAAGAAGGGGAAGAGGAUAAGGAAGGACAAGCCAGCGCAGAGGCCGAUAAAGAAAGCACCGGAGACGCCGUUAAUGGAAGUCAGGAAGACUUGAAGAAAGAGGAGCAAAAGGCGGAAGAGAAGGUAGCUGGCGAGAAGACCCCAGAAGAGAAGUUAUCGCCGAAGGAAGAGAAGUUAUCGCCGAAGGAAGAGAAGUUAUCGCCAAAGGAAGAGAAACUAUCGCCGAAGGAAGAGAAACCACAGCAGGAAGAGCAAAAGGUAGAAGUCGAGGAGAAGAAAGAGGAGGCACAGUCGAAAGAUGAAGGCACGGUCGUCAAUGGCGAGCCCGAGGAGAAAGCACCAGACUCGGAUAUCAAGGGGGAAGAAACCCAGAUAAUCUCCAACGGGGUUGACAAAAGCCCCGCCAAGGACGACGCCUUUGACUUGGACAUUCUCCGCACGAAGACAGGAACAAAGACUAUCCAUAAAAUCGUGGAUGAAAGCGACGGGUCCACAAAACACAUCAAAGAAAUAACCAAAUCUGUGACGGUAACCCGGACGGACGCAGAGGUCGAGGAGGUGGAAGAGGUCGUCCAAGAGACGAUAGUGUCCACUAAGACGGUCGAGAAGACCUCACACUCGGUGCUAAAGAAGGAACAGGACAGCGAAUAAGCGGGGCCUCAUGAGGCGAAGGGAUGCCCGACAGCUAAAGAUGCAUGGGUGUGAUAGCAUAUAUGGCCUCGAGCAGAGUGGGUUUUCCCGUGAGGGACUUCAGACAUCCCGUCUUUUCCUUUGUGCAAUAGAAGAAACUGCAUGCAAGUUAACAAUGUGCCUCCACAGUGCGGGAAACUAAGGAACACCGAAAGAACAAUCACAACACAGCUGCGAAGCAAAAUGCAUGGAAGAAGUCUUCACCGAAUUGUGAUUCACCACACGUGACCAAGAGAGGUUCUCUCGAUCUGUUGGAGGGGCGCUUUUGAGAAAGUCUAAAGAUGUAUUAUGCAAAGAAUAAACUGAGCCAAAACGUAAAAAAAAAUCCUUAGCCUUAAACAGCUCAUAAUGAUUAAUAUAUGGUUACCUCACGAGUGCUAUUAAAAUGGACUCUAUUGGUGGGAGGGAGGGUCUAGUGAUCAUUCACCGAUAUGCCACAGUUUAUCACCCCAUGUGACACCACUGCAGUAUUUGCUGAAUAAAAGACAUAUUAC